CAGCCAACUCCCUGGGACAGAUUAAAUUUAACCCCACAGUGGGACACAUUGUGAUUAAUGAGCACAAAGACGUCACGUUCAACUGCUCCAUUAAAGUGCCUCAUUUGCUGCUCAGGCCAGACAUGCCUGGCAUUUCCUUGUGGAAGGACGGCCGUGAGAUGCACACGCUGGACCGCAUCGCCACGAGCCACUUCGAGAUCUCGGAUGAGGAGGAGGUGGCGAUGACCUCCACCUUCAGCAUCCAUGCUGCCCAGCGCUCAGAUAACGGCUCCUACGUCUGCAAACUGAACAUCUCCAAUGUGGAGAUUGCAUCUGAUCCGAUCUUCGUGCAGCUAGAAGGGCUCCCACACUUCAUUCGUCAGCCUGAGAAGCUGAAUGUCACCAAGAACAGCCCCUUCAACCUCACUUGUCAAGCCGUGGGCCCACCAGAGCCUGUGGAGAUCUACUGGUUUCGGAACAACAUCCAAGUCAACGCAAAGCCUCACAUCUCUCCGUCAGUGCUGACUGUGCCAGGUCUUAACGAAACAGCUCUGUUCAGCUGUGAGGCUCACAACAGCAAAGGGCUGACUGCAUCCAACCCAGGGCAGGUCAAUGUGAAAGGAAUACCCUCUGCACCCACUAGCGUGCAUGUCCUGAACAGAACGGCCCACAGCAUCGCGGUGUCCUGGGUCCCAGGCUUUGAUGCCUUCUCUGCUUUCAACAACUGCAGUGUCCAGGUCAAGGAAGCUCUUCCACAAACCAAUGUCUCACUCCAAUUCUUCAACACCUCGGUGCCUCCCCAUGUGUAUCACAUCCAGCACCUGUGGCCCAUGGUGCUCUAUAACAUCAGUGUUUCCUGCAAAAACGAAGUUGGCUGGUCGGCGUUUAGCCCCUGGAUAACAGCCAGUACUACUGAAGGAGCUCCAAACAUCCCACCGCUGAACGUCACGGUGUCGUUGAAUGAAUCCAGCUCCUUCCUGGAGAUCCGAUGGGUGAAACCACCCCUGGAGAAGAUACACGGGGAACUGCAGGGCUACCAUAUCUGGUACGGGUGCCAGGGCUCCAAAGGAUUGGAGAACACCUCUUUGGAAGCCCAGCAGAACCGCAGCGUGGCCAUCCUGCCCGUGGAGACCACAAAUGCCACUUGCUCCGUGCGCGUGGCCGCCGUCUCCAAGGGGGGAGUGGGGCCUUUCAGCAGCCCGGUGGAAAUCUUCAUCCCUGGCGGUGACGGGUUAAUAACCUCAGCCCCCUCUUCGACUGCAGCCUCCAGGAAUGCAGACUCCUUUAUCAUAGCCCUGGGCUUCAUCUGUGGGACGGUUUCCGUUGGACUGCUCCUCUGCUUGUCUGUGGUCAUCCAGAAAAGAUGCGUGGAGACAAAAUACGGGAAUGCUUUCAGCAGAAAUGAUUCAGAGCUGGCAGUGAACUACACGGCUAAGAAGUCCUACUGUCGCAGAGCUGUUGAACUUACACUGGGCAGCCUGGGUGUCAGCAACGACCUCCAGCAGAAGCURCAGGAUGUUGUCAUUGACCGAAAUGCCCUCAGCCUGGGGAAGAUCCUGGGAGAAGGGGAGUUUGGAUCAGUGAUGGAGGGACGUCUCAGCCAGCCUGAAGGCCCUGUGCAGAAGGUGGCUGUGAAGACCAUGAAGUUGGAUAACUUUUCCCAAAGGGAAAUAGAAGAGUUCCUCAGUGAAGCAGCGUGCAUGAAGGAUUUCGACCAUCCCAAUGUCAUCAAGCUCCUAGGUGUGUGCAUUGAGCUGAGCUCUCUGCAGGUCCCCAAACCCAUGGUGAUUCUCCCAUUCAUGAAAUACGGUGACCUACACAGCUUCCUGCUUCGUUCACGGCUGGAGAUGGCCCCCCAGUUUGUGCCCCUGCAGACCUUGCUGAAGUUCAUGGUUGAUAUUGCCCGAGGGAUGGAGUACCUGAGCAGCCGACAGUUUCUCCACAGGGAUUUGGCAGCCCGGAACUGCAUGUUACGGGACGACAUGACGGUGUGCGUGGCAGACUUUGGCUUGUCUAAGAAGAUYUACAGUGGUGAUUACUAUCGUCAGGGGCGAAUAGCAAAAAUGCCAGUCAAGUGGAUUGCAAUAGAGUCCCUGGCCGACCGUGUCUACACCACCAAGAGYGACGUGUGGGCAUUUGGCAUCACCAUGUGGGAGAUCGCGACGCGAGGGAUGACGCCGUAUCCAGGGGUGCAGAACCAUGAGAUSUAUGAGUACCUCUUCCAUGGACACCGGCUCAAAAAACCCGAGGGCUGCUUGGAUGAGCUGUGA